AUUCUUAAGCCUGAUGGUAGACGCAUACCAAUGUCCUCAACGCGCGGGAGUUCUGACCUCCAGGAGAGUUAGCAGAAACAGUGACACUUUCUUUUGUACUCUUUAGUGCAGGACGGAGGGCGGCAGCGGCCCGGAAAACACAGACCGGAAGAAAAUUCGCGCAGAUGGGAGGCGGGGCGGCGGGCAGCUCCGAGGUGGACAGGGUCCUAGGCAAGAAGCGAGCCGGCGGCCUGAGCAGGCGAGUGACUGAGCAGCUCACCCAGGGAGGCAAGAGGCGCGGCGGAGCGAGCGGGCCCUGAGUUGACAGAUACACUGAGCUGCAGGGUCGGCGAGCAAACGGAAGGGCGAGUGAGGGACGCAACCAUGAUCACCUCAGCCGCUGGAAUAAUUUCUCUUCUGGAUGAAGAAGAACCACAGCUGAAGGAAUUUGCACUACACAAGUUGAAUGCAGUUGUCAAUGACUUCUGGGCAGAAAUUUCUGAGUCUGUAGACAAAAUAGAAGUUUUGUAUGAAGAUGAAGGUUUCCGGAGUCGGCAGUUUGCAGCCUUAGUGGCAUCUAAAGUAUUUUAUCACCUGGGGGCUUUUGAGGAGUCUCUGAAUUAUGCUCUUGGAGCAGGUGACCUCUUCAAUGUCAAUGAUAACUCUGAAUAUGUGGAGACUAUUAUAGCAAAAUGCAUUGAUCACUAUACCAAACAAUGCGUGGAAAAUGCAGAUUUGCCUGAAGGAGAAAAAAAACCAAUUGACCAGAGGCUGGAAGGCAUUGUGAAUAAAAUGUUCCAGCGAUGUCUAGAUGAUCACAAGUACAAGCAGGCUAUUGGCAUUGCUCUGGAGACACGAAGACUAGAUGUGUUUGAGAAGACCAUACUGGAGUCGAAUGAUGUCCCAGGAAUGCUAGCUUAUAGCCUCAAGCUCUGCAUGUCUUUAAUGCAGAAUAAACAGUUUCGGAACAAAGUACUAAGAGUUCUAGUUAAAAUCUACAUGAACUUGGAGAAACCUGAUUUCAUCAAUGUUUGUCAGUGCUUAAUUUUCUUAGAUGACCCUCAGGCCGUGAGCGAUAUCUUAGAAAAACUGGUAAAGGAAGACAACCUCCUGAUGGCUUAUCAGAUUUGUUUUGAUUUGUAUGAAAGUGCUAGCCAGCAGUUUUUAUCAUCUGUAAUCCAGAAUCUUCGAACUGUUGGCACCCCUAUUGCUUCUGUGCCUGGAUCCACCAAUACUGGUACUGUUUCAGGAUCAGAGAAAGACAGUGAGUCGAUGGAAACAGAAGAAAAAACAGGCAGUGCACUUUCAGGAAAGACACCAGACGCCAGUCCAGAGCCCAAGGACCAGACUUUGAAAAUGAUUAAAAUUUUAAGUGGUGAAAUGGCUAUUGAGUUACAUCUACAGUUUCUAAUACGAAAUAACAACACAGACCUCAUGAUUCUAAAAAACACAAAGGAUGCAGUACGGAAUUCUGUGUGUCACACGGCAACUGUUAUAGCAAAUUCUUUUAUGCACUGUGGGACAACCAGCGACCAGUUUCUGAGAGAUAAUUUGGAAUGGUUGGCCAGAGCCACUAAUUGGGCAAAAUUUACUGCUACAGCCAGUUUGGGUGUGAUUCAUAAGGGUCAUGAGAAGGAAGCAUUACAGUUGAUGGCAACAUACCUUCCCAAGGACACUUCUCCAGGAUCCGCCUAUCAGGAAGGUGGUGGUCUCUAUGCAUUGGGUCUCAUUCAUGCCAAUCAUGGUGGUGACAUAAUUGAUUAUUUGCUUAAUCAGCUAAAGAAUGCCAGCAAUGAUAUCGUUAGACAUGGAGGCAGUCUGGGUCUUGGCUUGGCUGCCAUGGGAACUGCACGCCAGGAUGUGUAUGAUUUACUAAAAACAAACCUUUAUCAGGAUGAUGCUGUGACAGGAGAAGCAGCUGGGCUGGCUCUAGGUUUGGUUAUGUUGGGCUCUAAAAAUGCCCAGGCUAUUGAGGACAUGGUUGGAUAUGCUCAAGAAACUCAGCAUGAGAAGAUUCUACGUGGUCUUGCAGUUGGCAUUGCAUUAGUGAUGUAUGGGAGGAUGGAAGAGGCUGAUGCUCUCAUUGAAUCUCUGUGUCGUGAUAAGGACCCAAUUCUUCGAAGGUCUGGAAUGUAUACUGUCGCCAUGGCUUAUUGUGGCUCUGGUAACAACAAAGCUAUUCGACGCCUACUGCAUGUUGCUGUAAGCGAUGUUAAUGACGAUGUCAGGAGGGCAGCAGUAGAAUCACUUGGGUUCAUUCUAUUCAGGACCCCUGAACAGUGCCCGAGUGUUGUUUCUUUGUUGUCAGAGAGUUACAACCCUCACGUACGCUAUGGAGCUGCAAUGGCCCUGGGGAUCUGCUGUGCUGGUACAGGAAACAAGGAAGCAAUUAAUUUGCUAGAACCAAUGACAAAUGACCCUGUGAAUUAUGUGAGACAAGGGGCUCUCAUAGCUUCCGCCCUCAUCAUGAUCCAGCAGACUGAAAUCACUUGUCCCAAGGUGAAUCAGUUCAGACAGCUGUAUUCCAAAGUCAUCAAUGAUAAGCAUGAUGAUGUCAUGGCCAAGUUUGGCGCUAUUCUGGCCCAGGGAAUACUGGAUGCAGGUGGUCAUAAUGUCACAAUCUCUCUACAGUCCAGGACUGGGCACACUCAUAUGCCUUCUGUGGUUGGUGUCCUUGUCUUUACCCAGUUCUGGUUCUGGUUUCCUCUUUCACACUUCCUGUCAUUGGCUUAUACUCCUACCUGUGUCAUUGGCCUUAACAAGGACUUAAAGAUGCCAAAAGUUCAAUAUAAAUCCAACUGUAAACCAUCCACGUUUGCAUAUCCUGCCCCUCUGGAAGUACCAAAAGAAAAAGAAAAAGAAAAGGUUUCCACUGCUGUAUUAUCUAUCACUGCCAAGGCUAAAAAGAAGGAAAAAGAAAAGGAAAAAAAGGAGGAGGAGAAAAUGGAAGUGGAUGAGGCAGAGAAAAAAGAAGAAAAAGAGAAAAAAAAAGAACCUGAGCCAAACUUCCAGUUAUUGGAUAACCCCGCGAGAGUGAUGCCUGCCCAGCUGAAAGUCCUAACCAUGCCAGAGACCUGCAGAUACCAGCCUUUCAAACCACUCUCUAUUGGAGGCAUCAUCAUUCUGAAGGACACCAGUGAAGACAUUGAAGAGCUAGUAGAACCUGUGGCAGCACAUGGCCCGAAAAUUGAAGAAGAGGAGCAAGAGCCAGAACCCCCAGAGCCAUUUGAAUAUAUUGAUGAUUAAGAACCAGAGGAUCUCAUUUGCUCAUCCAAGGAUGACUCUCCAGGCUCAUAUUGGAAAUGCCUAUGCAGAAGUUCUUCUGAGAUCUGUUACUCACUGCAUGUAUCAUUGCCUCUGUGCUGACCUGAAGAACCUUGACUCCAAGUCUUUGGUUGAAAAGAAGAUGUAUGACUAUUUAGUGUGCUCUUUCACAGAACUUGGUUUUCAAAUAAAUAUAUUAAAAUCUCCAGAUGGACAAGACUUUCGAUGGUUUGUUUUCAGCCUAAGUUUUAAAAUAAAUCUAAUUACCCACCAUGGAAUGCGAAUUCUACAACCAAAGGCUAAUACUUAAUGUGGUAGGAUGAGUAUCCAUGAUUUUUAUAUUGAUGAAAAACAAGCUGUUCGUGAGUUAUAAACCAUUUAAGAAAGUUCAGGCUUGUGUGUAACUCCGAUACUAUGUUUUUUCCCUGUACUCACUCAUCUUUUCUCCUUAAGAAAUAAAUACAUUUUAAACCA